UGAAGAACAAGUUUUCGGUUCCUGAUCACUAAUGGCGUCUCAUUUGCUUCUAUUCGGACUCUUGAUGGCAACUUGUUCGCUCAUUUUGGCUUCGGACCCUAGUCCUCUCCAGGACUUCUGUGUAGCGGAUCCAAAUAGCAAAGUUUUCGUGAAUGGCGUGGUUUGCAAAGAUCCUAAACUUGUGAAAGCGGAUGAUUUUCUUUUUAGAGGGCUCAACGUUAUGGGAAAUACAUAUAAUGAUGUUGGGUCUAACGUGACUCUCGUGAACGUAGACAUGCUACCAGGGCUAAACACUUUAGGUAUUUCCUUGGCUCGAAUUGACUACGCACCAAAUGGUAUUAACGCUCCACACACGCAUCCUCGAGCCACUGAAAUCUUGACUGUAAUUGAAGGUAGUCUUCUAGUUGGGUUUGUGACUUCCAACCCUGAGAACAAUCUCUUCACAAAAGUACUUGAAGUGGGUGACGUUUUCGUGUUCCCAGAAGGUCUAAUUCACUUCCAAGCGAACGUUGGACAUGGCAAUGCUCUUGCUAUUGCUGGUUUGAGUAGUCAAAAUCCAGGGGCAAUUACUAUCGCAAAUGCUGUGUUUGGAUCAAAUCCUGAUAUUGAUGCCAAUAUUCUUGCCAAGGCCUUUCAAGUUGACGCCGAUGUCGUUACUAAAAUUCAGGCCAAGUUCUAGUUAAAACGUUUAAAUGAUCGUCUAAUAUUUGAUGUUAUCGAUCGA